AUUGCCCUCUCCGCGAAACCCGCCUUGCGGGAACGAAGACCUCGUCCGGCGGGCGCGGGAGGGCCGCUCACUUUUAAAUUCGUCGCGUAACCUGGAUCGCGAGCCUCGCCGCUGCCAGCCGCGCCGCUGCCUCCGCUGGAGCACGCCGUGGGGAUCAGGCACCGCCAUGUGGAACUACGUCUUCCUCACUCUUCUCUUCCUUGUUCGGAUCAUCGGUGGUCUGGACCGCGAGGAGUACGAAUUCGGCGUUGGCAUCGCAGACAUCACCGGUCCGGCUGCUGAAAUUGGAAUGUUGGGCUACGCCAAAACCGGCCAGUCUUCAGCCGGAAUCCACUUCCGCGUGUACAGCAGGGCGUUCAUCAUAAAACAUGGCGAGUCCAGGGUAGUCAUCGUGAACGUCGACUCCGGCAUGAUUAGCGACAUCGUGAAAAUCGAGGUGGUGAAGCGCCUUCAGGACAAGUACGGCUCGUCGCUGUAUAGCGAGGAGAACAUCCUGCUGACGGCCACGCACACGCACGCGUCGGUGGGCGGCUUCAUGCAGUACCUGCUCUACAACAUCCACACCCAGGGCUUCAUCCGCCAGGUGGCCGACGUACAAAUCGACGGCAUAUGCAGGAGUAUCGACCAAGCACACGACAGCCUUCGGAGGGGCUACAUCUACUGGAGCGAAGGCGAGAUCCUGCACGCCAACAUCAACCGCAGUCCUCACGCCUACGACGCAAACCCACCCGAGGAGAGGGCCAAGUACAAGAACAACACGGACACGAAAAUGCUGCUUCUCAAGUUCACCGAUCUCCAGAACAACCCAGUAGCGAUGAUAAAUUGGUUCGCCGUUCACCCUACCAGCAUGAACAACAGUAACCUACUCAUCAGCGGUGACAACAAGGGGUACGCUGAGCUCAUGUUCGAAUACACGAUGAACAAGAAUCUUCCCGGAAAGGGUCCGUUCAUCGCCGCAUUUGCCCAGUCCAACGAGGGCGACGUGUCCCCCAACCUGAAAGGGCCACGUUGCAUCGACACGGGCCUGCCCUGCGAUUUUGAGAAAUCUACUUGCAACGGCCGGACUGAGAAAUGCAUCGCUUUUGGUCCCGGUAAAGACAUGUUUGAAAGCACAAAAAUUCUGGGGGAACGUCAGCUCCAAAAGGCAUUGGACCUGUUCCACUCGGCCUCACGAAAGCUCUCCGGCACGGUUGGAUUCGCGUACCAGAGGGCGAACAUGGGGAAAUACGAAGUCGGCGACAACGAAGCGGAUCCGAUCACAACGUGCACUGCAGCGUUGGGCUACAGCUUUGCAGCAGGAACGACUGACGGACCGGGCCAGUUCGACUUCACGCAGUCAACGACGAAGUCCACGCCAUUCUGGAAUUUCGUGCGCGACUUCAUCGCGGCGCCGUCGAAGGAGGCCAUCAGAUGCCAUCACCCGAAGCCCAUCUUGCUACCCGUUGGCGAGAUGAACUUUCCAUACCCUUGGGUUGCCAGCAUCGUUCCUACUCAAAUUCUGAAAGUCGGCCAGCUGUACAUUAUUGCGGCUCCUGGAGAGUUUACCACCAUGUCUGGCAGACGACUUCGCGCUACUGUGGAAAGGGUGGUGAAGAUGAAAGACCCCGAUGCCAUGGUGGUCCUGGCUGGCCUCUCCAACACGUACACGCAUUACGUGGCCACGUACGAGGAGUACCAGGUGCAGCGCUACGAGGGCGCAUCCACGCUAUACGGGCCGCACACUCUGCUGGCCUACCAAAAGCAAUUCGAAGGUUUGGCUGUGAGCCUGACGACCAACACGAGCCGGCCAAUUGGGCCUCCUCUGCCUAACCUGCUCUCUAAGCAGGUGUCCUUCAAGACAGGCGUCGUCUUCGACGGCGCCCCGCUGGGAAAAGUGUUCGGCCAGGUGCUGUCCGACGUCAAGCCCGCGUACAACAGGGGAGAACGAGUCUUUGUGACGUUUGUCUCUGGUCAUCCAAGAAACAACUUGAUGCUGGAGAGCACUUACCUGACUGUGGAAAAGCUGAACGCCGAUGGUGAAUCAUGGACAGUUAUAGCCACGGACGGCAACUGGGAAACAAGGUUCUACUGGCGCCGCACUUCGGCCAUCCUGGGGCACAGCGAGGCGACAGUUAUGUGGGAAAUCCCUCAAGAUGCCGCACCUGGCGUCUACAGGAUCCGGCACUUCGGUCACAGCAAGAACAUUCUGCAGGUGGUUACCCCUUACGAGGGCAGCAGUGGUCGCUUCAAAGUGAACCCCUAGCAUCCGGCCAGGAAGAAGCGGAAAAACAGUUGCGCAGGAAGUCGUCGCAGUGCCGCGCCUUGCACACAAAGUUGCUCAACGGAAGCGCGACGCCGCCGACUGUCCCGGUCCCUGCGCAACUCUUUCUGCUCAGCGCCUUCGGAGCGCAUUCCUGCCCGCUUACUUAAUAUCAAAUGCUGCAAGCAUUACUUGUCGUCCUUCGACCUCGAUGGCCCAAGGUCUUCGACAUCGAAUCACAGACGGAAGCCACCGGAGUUGACUCGGUCGUCGUCGGGGGAUCAAACACUUAUCGAGCCUUCGGCUGAAAAAACUGAGGAGAAGCAACUUGACUCCUUCUCGAGCAACGGAUCGCAAUAUGCUCAUAAUACUGCUCAAAUGAACUCAUCUGACAGUUUCAUCCAUCACACGUACCAUCACUCGCCAAGUGACAAUAACGGCGGGCAAUUAUCAUCGUCUUCCGAUCACUUUUCGCAUCAUUCAUCGCACAAGAAUAGUCAUCGCAAGGUUGCCUCGCCGUCUAUGAAUAACUGGAAUAAUUAUGGUUAUGGUGGCGCUGCAGGAGGCCGCGCACCAAGUGUCAACGACAAAGAGCAAAAGUACACUUCCACGUCCGGGCAAGCACCUGCUACAGUACCUUGGGCAAGCGACUACCACGCGCGUCCCUCUAUUCGGUUCAGGGCUCGGCCCAGGCUUCCCUUACCUGCGGAGCGUCGCCAAGUCUUGUCCGCUCUGAUUAAACACCCGCUUCACAUAUUCAGCUAUCGUGAUCGGAAGCUGCCGUUUCAUCUGCGGAACCGCCACCGUGUUGCCUCAAACAUCCAAGACACUCUUCGCGCCUUGUCCUCGACCCGUCACCAUUGGACAGAUCGGGACGACGUGCGGCUGGAUUUCUCCGCUUCCGAGCGCCGACGCUCCACUGUCCGACUCCCCGCCCCUCAAAGAGCAGUGGCCAUGGGACGAGAAGCGUUGGCACGGCGUCUAGCGCAUGGGCGCUUGCCAGCAACGCUUGACAAACUCCGAAUGUUUCAUAGGAUUCAGGGUAUAUCACUCUCUCUAGCAGACGGCCAGCGAUCAUGAACCACGGGGAAAGUAAUGGACCGUGGUUUUUCGAAGCUGCGGCCGGGAAGCUUCGGAAACGUCAAAGCGGCUGUAUUGCAUGUGAUUUUUUCUGAGCCAGCUUGCAUUGCCAGUUAUCUGGUCACGGUACAAAGGCUGGAACGAGAUGAUCUAUAGUAUGCUGCCAAAUAUAUUAUUUUUAUUUUUGUCA